UGUCACUCUAUUCACUGAACCAUCUUGACGAAACAAGACUCGAAACGGCAUCAGGCACACAUCAACAGAUAUCUCACGCUCUUCCUCGGCCAGAAUGCAGCGCCAGCCCUUCCCUCCGCCUCAAAAAUCCCCCGAAUUAUUCCACCCUCGCCCUCAGCACAUCUCACAAGUCCCUAUGAUGCGGUCCCCUCCUCCUCCCACCUCACAGAACCCGUCACAGCCCCAGGUGAAUAGCUAUGGGAACCCCUAUCAGUCGCCGCCUGCCGGGGGAGGCGGUGGAGGGGGAGGGUUCGGGCCAAACUUUGGCUUCAUGAGCGACCCGACAGCCCAGAUGGGGUUCCAAGUAGGGCAGCACGCAAUGAAGGCCGGGCAAGAGUACAUGGAACAGAACGUACGUGUGCACUAGAUCCUGGGACAUAUACUGUGGCUAGGAUCUGGAUCUCGUGGAGUAUCUCGGUGGAAACGGCAAAUGCUGACAUCUCUCUGCCAGUUGAACCGCUAUAUCUCCGUCUCCGCGCUGAAGCACUAUUUCAAUGUCUCAAACUCCUAUGUGGUACGGAAACUGCUGCUUGUUCUAUUUCCCUGGCGUCAUAAGCCAUGGACGCGGCAGCAAGCUCGGAUGACCACCUCUUCCACAACUGCCGACGGCACAAUGACUCAACAGUCUUAUUCUUUCAACUACCUUCCGCCCCGCGACGACCUCAAUUCGCCAGAUAUGUACAUACCAAUAAUGGCAUUGAUCACCUAUAUUCUCCUGUCGACCGUACUGGCCGGAAUCAGGGGGUCGUUCCAUCCCGAGCUUCUGGGCAGCAUCACUAGCACCGCGAUUUUCGUCCUCAUUUUCGAGAUUAUCGUGCUGAAGAUCGCGAUGUAUAUGCUGAGCAUCAGCAACGACUCUCAACUUCUGGAUCUGGUGGCUUAUUCUGGGUACAAAUUUGUGGGAGUGAUUGUGACACUCUUUCUCGGUGAGCUACUGACCGGCGGGAGUGGUACAAAUAACUGGGUGGGCUGGACGUUGUUCCUGUACACCUGGUAUGCGAAUGCUUUCUUUCUGCUAAGAUCUCUGAAAUACGUCCUCCUGCCGGAUGCCUCUGGAGAUCCGACAGCUAUGCGAGGCGGAAGUUCCUACACCGUGGCACGCGCACAAAAGAACCGCCGCACAUAUUUCUUAGCGCUGUAUGCAUUUGUGAUCCAGUUGCUUUUCAUGUGGAUCCUCAGCCGUGAAGAGGCAGCUGUCAAAACGGUUGCCAGUAGACUGACUGGACCGAGAGCAUAGACAUGAGCAAUGAAGACAUUAUCAGACAUUUAUUAUGUACUUACAACUGAUAUCACGAGCUGUGUCAACAUCGCUGGAUUAGCAACUCGCCUCCAAUGAUCAGACCACGACCGACUCCUGCCGUUCACAGGCAGGGUCAAGAAUGCAGCGCCUCUACGGUAACAUGUGACGGUACAUCAUGGAUCUUCUUGAAGAUUUCUGAUGCCCUUCACUAGGUGGUUGACCGGCAAUGCCUUGUCCCGCUUAUUGUCUUAGUAGGCCAUGGAGACGAUGCCAAGGUCAAAAGCUCUCUACCUAUGUCAAAGGCUC